AUGGAAGUCAGCUGUCGAGACGUUCUCCAGGAUAUGGCAUCCAAGGAUGAAGAGACAUCGUCAUCGAGUUUACCCUCGCCCUCACCCGAGUUGUCUCCCGCACAAGCAUGGAGCCAAGAGCACAGUGCAGACACAGUCGCUCUUCCACCAUCAUCCCUUGAAUUACCUCGCGCACAGACUUGGUCUCUGGAACAAUCAUUCCAGCAACGGGACAGCACGGCAACAACAAACUCAACCUCUCUUCCUUCCCCCCCUCUCGACUUGUCGAUCGGAUCGCCUUGGAUUGAGAGCAAGACCAAUGUUUUUGAUUCCCUGUUCGAGUUGCACACCGAGCAUUCCUUCUCAGAGUGUGGCACCACCUCCUUCAUGGGUCUCGAACUUGAUACCUCCCAGUCGGCCUUUGGACACGGCCAUAGCAUCUCGGAUUCAUGCACCAACUCCGAACACGACGUCAUGAGCUCAUUCUUGGGGGUUGGCGCAGAGUUGAACACGCACCUCCCAGUGGGCGGCCUUAUGACAUCCUUCAUGAGCGCUGAGGACUUGGUGCAGGCGCUUGUCACACCUGUCUCAGAUCUGAUCAAGGCUAGAGACAUCAACGACAAAGCAACCCCUGCUAUCCCACUGUGUGUUUGGCCCAACGACCUCUUUGUCGAGACGGCUGCCCAGGGCGAGAAGAUCGAUCAGGGUAACCCGACGACCAUUGCCUGCUCUCUUCUUCCACCCCCUCAAGGCACCGUCUCUGCCGCCCCAGCCCCAGCUGCCGCGGCUCGAAGAGUUCGAUUCGACAUGACGCCUUACAUCAAGUUGCUCGACCCGACACGAGUAACGGGACCUCCCGAGGAACCGGACGAAGAGCACAUUGACGACAUUAUGCGUAACGCCCGAUGGGAAUAUCGCUGGGACAAGGACCUUCGUCAAGAACACAAACUCGCCAAGUGGGCAUCAUUCAACGCCCACCUCCAUGCGGCCUUCCCGGUCGAAGAAGACGAUAUGCAGGCCACUGAUGAACGACAAAGCGACCAAUUUUCAACUGAAGAUCGUUCGACCAAAAAGCAUAGCAUCGACAGCGAUGACACUGAUGACUUUUUGGCCGACGAGCGUCCCGCUAAGAAGAGCCGAGCUGCCGACCAUGCAUCCAGUGACUCUUGCAACACCCCUUCCAACGAUAUCAUAAUCGACCAGCUCGGAGUUAAAGACCCUUUGGUCAACAGCGACACAACUAUCGACUACUUAGACGGCGCCAACACAACCAACGAUCAGCCAUUCGAUGUGGUGUCAGCUAUCAAGAUGCAUGUGGUCUCCGAGUCGCAAACGGAGGAUCGUCUUGCAUUGAACCAGCACCCCGACUUUGACGAGAUGAUCAAGGAUGACGAGAUCGGACGAUCCUACCGCCUCUUCCGCUGGAACCUCUGCUACCCUGCCUUUCAGAUCGAGGAGUUCCAAGAGGAGGAAAUGUCGCAGGAGGAUACUGAUGAUUUGGAGUAUUGA